AAUCGCCGCUUCAGUCUGUUGGCGUCUCUGGCGGAGUCAGGAAGGGCGGCUGGCGUUGCUCCUUCCUCCUGGGCCAUGAUGAACCCGGACCUGCGCAAGGAGCGGGAGGCGGCCACCUUCAACACCGAGCUCCUCACCUGCGUCCUGGACGGAGGCGCCGAGAGGACGCGGCGCCGCAAGGAGAUCGAAGCACUUGUUCUAAAUGACCCAGACUUCAAACAUGAGGAUGUCAAUUUCCUAUCCCGCAGCCAGCGCUAUGAAGAAGCUAUCAAAAAGAGUGCUCUUAUGGUGAUGAAACUCAGAGAAUAUGGAAUUGCAGACCCUGAUGAGAUCUACUGGUUUAAAAGCUCUGCUCACCGAGGCCGACCUGAACCUUUGGACCUCCACCUGGGCAUGUUCCUGCCCACGCUCCUCACCCAGGCAACCCAAGAACAGCAGGAUCGCUUCUUCAUGCCUGCUUGGAACUUGGAGAUCAUUGGCACAUAUGCUCAAACAGAGAUGGGUCAUGGAACUCAUCUCCGAGGACUGGAAACCACAGCCACUUAUGAUCCUGCAACACAGGAAUUCAUCAUAAACAGCCCAACUGUGACUUCUAUUAAGUGGUGGCCAGGGGGAUUGGGUAAGACAUCAAACCAUGCCAUAGUUUUGGCUCAGCUCUAUACCCAGGGCAAGUGUCAUGGUUUACAUGCUUUCAUAGUGCCGAUACGCCAGUUGGGAACCCAUGAGCCAUUACCAGGCAUUACUGUUGGUGAUAUUGGGCCAAAAUUUGGUUAUGAUGAAAUGGACAAUGGCUAUUUAAAAAUGGACAAUUUCCGCAUACCCCGUGAAAAUAUGCUAAUGAAACACGCCAAGGUUGAACCAGAUGGCACAUAUGUGAAACCUCUAAAUGCCAAGCUGACAUAUGGAACCAUGGUGUUCAUCCGUUCAAUAAUAGUAGGAGAUGCUGCUCGCUCUCUAGCUAGAGCUUGUACAAUUGCCAUCCGUUACAGUGCAGUGCGGCACCAGUCGGAACUGAAGCCAGGGGAACCUGAGCCUCAGAUCUUGGAUUAUCAGACUCAGCAGUAUAAACUGUUUCCACUUUUGGCAACAGCAUAUGCCUUCCACUUUGUGGGUGCCUAUAUGAAAGAUACCUACCGUCGCAUCACUGGGAACAUCAGUGAUGGAGACUUGAGUGAGCUGCCAGAGCUGCAUGCAUUGUCUGCAGGGCUAAAGGCUUUCAGCUCUUGGGUAGCCAAUGCUGGCAUUGAGGAAUGCCGGAUGGCAUGUGGUGGGCAUGGCUAUUCCCGUUGCAGUGGCCUGCCUGAUAUCUAUGUCAAUUUCACCCCUUCCUGCACUUAUGAAGGAGAGAAUACUGUCAUGAUGUUGCAAACUGCACGAUUCCUUGUCAAAAGCUAUACACAAGUUAGUUCAGGACAGUUGCUCAGUGGCAUGAUGUCCUACCUGAAUGACCUACCAGGACAGCACAUUCAGCCCCAGCAAGUGGCUGCUCGACCCACCACAGUGCAUAUCAACAAUCCAGCCAGUUUAGUGGAAGCAUAUAAACUGAGAGCUUCAAGGUUGGUUGAAUUUGCAGCAAAGAACUUGCAGGCUGAACUGAACCGUAGGAGGAGCAAGGAGGAUGCUUGGAAUCGGACUUCCAUUGAUCUAGUACGAGCAUCUGAGGCACACUGUCACUAUGUCGUGGUGAAGCUUUUCACAGCAAAGAUUUCAGAAAUUGGUGACCCAGCUGUCCGGGCUGUCCUAAACAAUUUGUGCCUACUGUAUGCACUACAUGGAAUUAGUAAAAACACUGGAGACUUCCUGCAUGGAGGCAUUUUAACAGAUUCACAGAUAAUUCAGGUGAACCAACGCGUGAAAGAACUCUUGGCAUUAAUCCGUCCUAAUGCAGUAGCACUGGUGGACUCCUUUGACUUCCAUGAUUCUGUUCUUGGAUCAGUGCUUGGCCGAUACGAUGGUAAUGUCUAUGAAAAUAUGUUUGAGUGGUCAAAGAAAUCUCCACUAAAUAAAACACAGGUCCAUCCAUCUUUCCACAAACACCUGAAGCCAAUGCAAGCUAAACUGUGAUCACCUUUACUGCUGUUCUAUUGUACUAUUCUCCUGUUCCCUGGAACUGAUUACUUCAUUUGCCCUAUGAACACCUGAAUCGUUUGGUGAAUCCAGAUAGCCAUAGGGUAGUCGGUAAUUUUAGCCUUGAUGAUUUUUAACCCAUUUUGAAUGGAUUAACGAAAAGGAAACAAGAUGAUAAAAGUGCCAUUGUAAUUAUGGUCAGAAACUAAUCUUUUUAAUCGUUCAGAAAAACUUUACCAAUUGAUGUUAAAACUGUCAAUUUAUGAAGCAAUUCAAACUGCUGCAGAAGCCUGUGUUACAUCUAGCAGGAUUUUUUCACUACUAAGUAGUUCUGGAGGUCAUUCAGGAACAAUUUUAGAGACUCAUAAUUUAACUCCUGGUACAACCUGUCCUCUUUAAGAGGAGCCAUUCUGAUUCUUCUGCCAGAUGGUUCUUAAGAGUCCACCUUCCUUUUUUCCUGUAAAGCUAUGAGUCAAUAUCACAACUCCUGUAAAACUAGCUGUAUCACAGUGUGUUUUAUGUUCAUCUAAGUUCACGUCCCAAGGAAUGGGAAAAUAUCAAAAAGUUCUAGAGAAUACUGGGAAUGAUGAAAGUGGUAGUCACGCUGUAAACCUUUUAAUGCGCAGCAGGUUAAGGAUAAUUCUUCCUGCCAUGUUUGAUCUGAAGGUUAGACAAUAACUCCUGUCACAGUCUUGGCAUUUCCUAGAACUCUUCCUGAAGCACUUAAAUUAUUUUAGAAGUAGAAUGAUUUACACCCUGCAUUUUGCAGAAUCAAAACCUAAAUGGGAAGAAGUUCCAAACUGGAACGAUGGCCAGAAGCCCAUCAUCGUACACAAUCUGGAUCUCAGGGGUGCCACAAGGAAUAGGUGCCUUUAGACUAAAUAGUUCCAGAUUAUUGUUAGCAGGCUAACAUUUUAACAUUGUACAGAACUUUGUUUUGUGAAAUCAGCAGGAGUAACAAUUCCAGCAAAGUGGUUGGAUUCUGCUUCAAUUAAAUUUCUCCAACAAAUCAGGAUGUAAAGAUCCCAAACUGAAGAACUUUGAUUUGUGUUCAAUUAUGUGAAACUGUGUAAAUGGAGAGUCUAAACCUAAGUCUUGAGACUUAAUUCUUGGACCACUCUGCUAUUUCUCUUCCAAGACCUAAACAUGCUAUAGGGAUUUCCUAACUCUACAGCCUUCAAGCAAAAGAAGCACUGUGUAUUUAAAUCGAAGCAAAAACUGAUUGUAAAAUCAUUAUAACUUCCUAGCUGCUGAAACAUUCCUUCUAAUGUAUCUGAUUACUGUGGUGUGAACAUACGUGCAUAUUGGCUUUCUGUGCAAUGCUGACUGGAGAUGGAAACCAAGCAAUAGAAGACCAUUGAACAUCUUUUGCAGGCACAUGUAUACUUAAUAAAGAAAUUCACUUUUGAACAGUGGAAAAA